CCUCUCAGGAGGUGUCAUAAACUUCAGUACCUCCUAGAAACGAGGCCUUUGGGAGUAGAGCUCUGCCCCUGUCACACACAGUGCUGCAAUGCCCGAACCACUGUUUCUGUGCAUCCUCAAAGCUUGAUGCAUCAAGAUGCUGGGAACAGCUUUGCAAGCCUAGGAUGUUGGUAACUCCCCAGGAAGUUGAUAAUUUCUGUAACUUGGCUCUCCUUCUCUUCCCUGCCUGGUGUGAACGUUUGUUUUAAGAUGUCUCAUAAGCUCUGGGAUACUUCCAAGAACGUGUUUCAGGGAGGGAGUUGGUGAAAUUCCUGCUUGUUUCUUUGUAUUUCAAAUAUAACCCAGUGCCAUUGUGGAUCUAGGCUGAUCCUGUUGAGAAGGGUGUCGGUGGUUAAAAAUAUGUACUUAAAGUGUCCCACGAAUUUUGAGGAUUUUUUUGUAACAUUUUGAGAAGCUUCAGUGUAUUUGCUGUGUACCACACACCUUUGCAGCUUGGAAGCAGUAAAUUUGAGGGUCAGAGUUUUGCUGUGUCUCUUGAAAUCUGCCCAGCUUUAAUUGGGGCUGAAAUAUUGAAAAACCUUCCUCCAUGGUUGAGUUCACAUGCUUCAAAAAGCAUUGGUGUGCCCGAGUAGUAUCCAAACAGCAAUGCCUUAGCCUGGGGCUGGGCCACACAGCAGUGUGCAAACACUGCUGAGGGUUAAAUGCAAGCAGCCUGUCUGGGAAGCGUGAGCUGGGUCAGGCUGCUCCCAAACCCAGUACUGAACCAUCGCAACACAGCUUCUGGAUUGGCAUGGGUAUUCCAGUGCUGCAAACUUGGGGCAUAAGCUUUGCUGCUGUUUGGUGAGAUAAAGGGUAGUGCAGAAUCAGACUUUACCUUUCUUCUGUUAGCCCCAGUUUAGGGCAUGCAUAUAGAGGCAAUUGAAGAAACCCAUCAUGGAGUGUGUGAAAACUGAGGGUCCUGAAAACUCAGGAACAGGUCACCGUAGUGGAAAGCUGCACUGUCUGGCCCAAGCUCUCCCAGUGCCUGUGUUACACUGGGCUGGGCCCUGGUCUGUGGAGGUACUGAGCUCUGUCAGAGAUGCCAGGGAAAGGAAGCUGGUCCAGCAGGGACUGGAGCUGUUUGUCUUCCUCAGUUCUUCAGGCAGUUUUUCAGUCCGUCAUCUUGCCCACCCAAUCCCUGCCUGGGCCACCUCCACCAGUCUUUAAAGCCAUCAGCACUGCCUAGUAGCUGUCUCCAAAGCUGCAGGCUCUGAGGUGCUCUGUUCCUCUGAGGCUACCUUGCAAAGGACAGUUCAGGUGGUCUACUAGGGGAGGUGGGAUUGCCCAGAGAUGCUCAGUCAGGUUGAGGGUGUUGAUGUUCUGGCUGCCUGAUCCAGAUCUUCUUUAUCUGUUUUCCCAGCACAUAAGCGAUGUUAUUCCAUCACAGUGAAAGUGACAUUUUAAAAUACUUGUGAGGCUCUUGCAUGCUGUGAUGACAAAUGACCUAAGGAGAUGGGGGGGGAGGGGAAAGAAGGAUGUAAGUAAUUGUGCACUCUCUUCUCUGUGUGAAGAGAACAAGUCAGAGACAACCAACUGAAUACACUUAUCAGCUGCUUUUCCUCUCCAUUGUGUGCCAAGUGGCCUGUGGAGGUGAGGAGGAAAGCAAUUUGCAGUUGUGUGGCUGCACAUCUCCUGAAGCCUCUGUCUGAAGCCCUUGUGUGAGGAGGCCAGGCCAGGUUUCUGUAAGUGUAUGCAGUGAUAUUUCCAAGCCUUUGAGAGCACUGCUGCAAUGUAAAUGAGUGCCUGUUUCUUGUUUGCUGGCUGACUUGUACAUAACUCAGAAACCUCAUCAGUGUAGGUGGCCCUUUAUGAUAGAAGGGGAACUGAACAGUGAGCUGCUGCCAGGUCCACAAAGGCUCCUGGCACAAUGGUCACAUGUGAAUAUGGCUCAGGAGAAGGGGGAACAGAGGGAAUGAGCUCUGUUUGCUGGAAUCAGUUAGCAGAAAGAUGCUCUGUGUGACUCCCAAGCAAUGUCAGGUAACUCGUAAGGCAUAAAAAGGUGCAGGGAAGGUGCCCUCUCUGCUGCUGAGUUUCAGCAGCUGCUGUGGCAACAGUAGCUGUUCCCCACAGCUCUCUACUAUUGCCUAGAGAAGUACCUGUUGCCCUGCUGAGAAUAUUUCUGGUGCUCAAAUGAAUCCUUGCAGUUUAGCAAGAAACCCCUCUCCUGGACUGCAGAUGAAACAGGCAGGGCAUUUGUCUGUGUGCCUGAAUGUGAAGUGUGAAAUGAAUCUGUAACUUCAGCUGAUCCCAGCUGACUCUAAGUGUUGGAUAGGCUUGAAGUGAAAGCAAGUUUUAGCCUCAUCAAAAAUGGAGAAAUUAUUGCAGAAAGGAAAAAUAAACAAACACAGAAGAGACAACAGUUAAUACUCAUGAGGUGUGGGACAGUGGCUUCUCUGAAGCUUAUUGAAGAAUAAAUCUUCUCAAGAACAAAGUCUUCUUGAAAAGCUGCUGCUUAGACCUCUGUUAACCUUUUAUUUCAAGGAGUAAAUUGAAUUGCAGUUAUAAAACUGGCAGAACUCAUACCAGAGGGCUUUUGGCUUUGCUCAGCAUUUCAUCUUGGGGCUUACUGGCAUUUACAAGGCACUAUCUAUGAUGCACUCACACAUGUGAUUAGGUUCAAGGGUCACUUGCACUGCAGCAACAUAGCAAAUUUCUCCACAGUGGAAUGAAUCUCUAAAGUGUUUAAAUCUUGCCCAAAAUCCAGUUACUUUAAUUUUGCCUAGUUGUUUCUCACUGUUUGUCCCACAGUAAGUGGAACACUUAGAGGCAGAACGUGGGAAUGUGUGCUCUAGGGGUUAAGGGCAGGCCUGGAUGACCCUGCUGUGAUGGAAUAGGGUGAGUGGGCUGGCUGUUUUUCCAUGGCCCAAAAUAUCUCGAGGCAUCUUUGAUGUAUUUUCUUUUGUGAAGUUUGGGAAGCUGAUGUGGAUUUAAAGGAAAAAAGUCUGGAUUUCUCCCUCUUUCAGCCAGGCAGAUAUGUGGCAUCAGUGGAUGGUGUUGGGACUGUCUACAGGGUCACUCUGACCUGCCAGAGGAGAGGAAAUUCUAAGCAAUAAAAAUAUCCUGUUUUCAGUGCAGUUUCCUCAUUUGUGGUUUGGUUUUAUUUGAAUAGCUAUUGAAAAUUCUACAGGAAAAAAUCUGGAAUGUGCUAUGUCUGUACAUAUUAGUCAGGAUGGGGGAGAUGCAAGGAGACAUGUGAAGUGCGUUCAGCACUCCAGACUUCACAUAGAUUGUCCCCAGCCACCACAGCCUGAGAAUGGAGGCUAUAAAUGCCACCCCAGCCCAUGCAACAACCCUCUAACUUCAGGCAGUGUCAUAGAGUAUCUGUGUGUCGAAGGCUAUAUGCUGAAAGGAGACUAUAAAUACUUGACCUGCAAGAAUGGAGAGUGGAACCCAGCCAUGGAAGUCAGCUGCAGGCUCAGCCCAGAAAAGGACUCUCCUCCAGCAAUUGGAGUACCCACGCUGUCCAUAGUAGCCUCCACAGCAAGCUCUGUUGCCCUGAUUCUGCUCUUAGUCGUGCUGUUUGUUUUGCUGCAGCCAAAGCUGAAGUCAUUUCAUCAUAACAGGCGAGACCAAGGUGUGUCUGGAGAUCAGGUCUCUAUCAUGGUGGAUGGUGUCCAAGUGGCCCUGCCAUCCUACGAAGAGGCGGUGUAUGGCAGCACAGGGAACUGCAUUCCACCCUCAGACUCCCGAGUGCAGAUCGUGCUCUCAGAGGGAGCUGGGCAGAACGGAGCCAGAGAGAUGCAGCAGCAGGACCAAGGGGCUCGCAAUAGCUUUGAAAGAGAAGAUGAAGCCCCCGGACAUUCUGGACUGUGUGAAGCCAGUGGCUCUCAGCGCUCUGAAACUGUUCUUGUGCAUCAAGCUGCUACCUCUUCCUGGGUAGCUGGCACAGCUAGCAGUAGACCUGUACACAAAGAAAUCCAAGAUUCAGAAAGCAGUGACAUACAGAGCCUUUUAUCACUCACUUCCUCCGAGGAAUACACAGAUGAUAUUCCCUUGUUGAAGGAAGCAUGAGGCCUGCUGUGUUUGCCUAGCCUUCUCCCUCUUGGAUUUCUUCUUCCUCUCCUCCCCCUGCCUUCAGGACAGAAGCACUCUGUGCAGCCUUCCCCGUCCUCGCAAGCUGUACCCUGGAUACCUCCAAGCAGAGAUGCCCUCAGCUGAAGAUCCAAAGGAUGUUGCCAGGUUGCCUCCUGGGUGCACCAGUGGGGUUGAUGCAGCGCUGGCUUCCCCAUUCCAUCUGCAUCAGGAGCUCAAGGAACAUAGUGGAUUCAAGCGCUCCUCUUCCCCAGCCAGAUGUUUGACAGCAGUCUCUGAAGAGCUGCUCUUUUCUUGUGCCUUUCUCCUCCUCACACCGGCUUGUUGCAGCUUGUCAGCCUCUCUAGCCCUUCUUCUGCCCAGAGAGCAGGGGCUAAAACCGCUUGCUCACUGGGUGCAAACACAGUUUAUCUAUACAUAUUUAUGUUAUAUAGGCUCUUCUUCCAGCAUCCUCUUUGCAAUAGGGCAGGACAAAAUGCUUCACUGGGACUGGAGCAGGGCUUGGGAGGGAUCCCAGUGAAGGGGCAGCUUGUGAUGUCUAGAAGCACCUCAGAUGAGAUGGGCUGUGUGACAACUUAGCUGUGCAGUUACAGUUCAUUGAGAAUUGCUAGAGCGCUGAAGGCUGAGAAGUCCAACGUGUAGGAAUGCCCUCUGACCCCUUCUCAAAAAACACCUUUGCAGGAGUCCAUUUCUGAAAAUGACUUUUGUCUCUUUCUUCCAUUUCUGCCUGUGCAGCCCACUUGGUUAUGCUGUGUUUCUAGAAACUGGGACUGUACUGCCAAUAAAACAACCUUUUCAGCUUUGGUCUGGUGCCAGAGCAGCUCCUGAUGUUAGCUUGUAGAAGAGCUUUGGAGAGUGGCCAGUGGUUAGCAGGGUCCAGAAAGCUUGGAGGAUGUGACUUUGAGUUAACAAGCCCUGUGUUAACUAUGAGUUAGCCCCAUUCCCUGAGGCAUCAGGACUGGAACCAAAUUUGUGGCCCAACUCUUCUGAAUAAGCUGUGUGUCUCAAAGCUUUUCCAGUUAAGGUGGUUCUGAGCUAAAGCUUGGGUUCCUUUUGGUCAGAUCUUCAGGCAGAGGUAACACUUCUCAGAUGUAAUCUGGAAGUGGUUCAGGUGUUUGCAAAUGUCAAGAGCAAAACUGCCUGUAGGUAGGGAAUGCCAUUGGUGAGAUCCCAAAUUACCUUUCCAGCCACAUAGGUACGUUGGUACUUGAAUCCUGGGUAGCCACAUCUCAGAGGCCAGAGUGUCUUCCUAGAUUUGUACAUCAAGAAUCUGCUGUUUUAUCCUGAUAGGCUUCAGUGGGCCCAUGGAGAAGGGCUUCUUUGUGGCUGGGGAUAAGGAGCCUCUCCUAAAUACAACGCUGUUGUCUGUUGCUGGGACACCAUAGCUUAUUCCUGAACCUAAGUUUUGAAGAUUGUUUCAAGUUCUGGUAACAGGGAAAAGAAAACCCAAAAAUAUGUAUACCUCUGCCCCCACCCCCAGUUAUCUAUAGCAGGUCAGAAUAUCCUGUUUGCUGUUAACAGGACUCUCUUUUUGCCGGAAGCCGUGUUCAUUUGGGGUAGGUGAUCCAAACACAGAAGCAUUGUUGUGGUUGUAAGGUUCUUCACCAGGGAGGUCUGGACACUGCAUUCCCUGGGAUGGGUUUCAGCAGGAAGAGUUGGCUUCUUAGAUGCAUGUACCUUGUCAUAACUGCUUUGAAGUAACUAGGGGAGUGUUUGCCCUGUGAGAAGCUGCUAAAUUAUUAUUUGAGUUGAAGGAGCAAAAUGUCAUGGCCUUACACAUCAUGUGGUAAUGUACAGGUAAAUAGGGAUGCUGUCUUUGCUGCUUUGCAUUUGGUUUUUGAGCCUCACCAUCCUCAUCCUUGUUUCAGGAACAUACUGUCACAGGACUUGGUAAAAGUGACACAACACCUUUAUAUAUAAAAUUACUGUGGCUUCGCUCCAGUUCCUGGAAAUGAGGAUUGGCCACAAUAUCCAGCCAUGCACCCGCUGCUCCGGUUCCUGAUCUGAGGAUACCUGGGACAGUGUGUGCCUGUGGAUGGAAGAAUCCUAUUUUCCCUAUCCUUGUUUUAGGAGGAUGCUAGUAAUUGAAAAAUAUAGUGUUUCAAACUUCCUUCCUUAUUGCUCAUGUUACCUAGCAUUAACACAAGGAUUUGAUAAAUCCAGUUUGGGUAUUUUUUGUUCAGUUUGGAUGAUGAAAAUCCCAUGUCAUCUUACAGUGGGUCGCAGUCUCUCAGCACUGUAGAAGGCAAACAUUGUUUACACAUCUGCUAUUGGAAUUUUAGAAAAUAAGCAUGGGAAAGUUUGAGUUUAGUUUUUAACUCCUACAUUGGAAAUGAUCUAAGCUUGAGCAAAUUGUCUCAUUCACUGGUUUCAUCAGGGAUUGAGCGUGUGUCAUGAUAAGGAGUGUGGAGGGAAGAGUAUGUGACUCUUUUCCUGCUACCUAAGCAGCUCAGAGCAGGAGGAGCUGCUCUGUAUACAUUUAAGGUCCUGCCUACUCAAACUGGCCCUCAGCAGUCAAGGUGUAGAAGUCAGGUAUAUGUUGUCUUCCUGCAAGAAACAUCCUUUAACUCAGUGCUCGCCCCGGUUGGUGGGAGAAUCCUGCAUGGAGAUGGAAGCUGAUCCCAGGGCUGACCUUGCCCUGGACGAGCACCUGCUCUGCCAGCAGACAGCACAUACUGAGUGGCCUUGCCUCUCUUCUCUGCUGUUGUAAAGCAAGCAGCCGCCAGUUUGGGAGAGAAAAUUCACUUUGUGUGGGGAAGAGGAGGAAGCAAGCUGCACAGAAGAGGGAGUGCUUAAAUUCUGUUUUCUUUAUAGAAAUAGUGGGAAAUGACUUAACUAAGGAAAAAGUGGGAAAUGCAGAGGUGGAGGGAAAUAUGCAAGCAUAGAUUUUGUGAUCAGGCAUCAACAAGCAGCUUUUGCUGGCUGGUUGAGAGGGUAAACCUGCAGCUCCCAGGCCAGUCUCUGCCACGCUGGCUGGUGGCCCCAGCCGGUGCUUCCAGCAGAGCCCGUCCCCUGCAGCAGCACCGGUGGGAGUGGACCCCGAGGAACAGUGGAAGCCAGAACAUGAAAAACAGUUUGUGGGCAUCACGUUCCUCUUGCCCAAGUCCUCAUCUGUAGAGUUUAUUUUCAUAUAAAAUGAGGUAGAGUGGCUGGGCAGGAACCUGAGAGAUGUCUGCUUGACAGUUCUUUUUUAAGGGGCAGUGGGGAGCAAGGCCUCACUUUACUAAUUAUCAAGUGAUUGUUAUUCAUGUUUGUUUUCAUUCUGUGGAGGCUGAAGAACUGGGAAGUCUUUUGUGCAGAGAUUUUGGAAAAACUAAAUUGCGUAGUCCUGUCUUUACUUACAGGAGCAAGGGCUGAGGCUUAAAGAUCCAUCAGUCAUGAGCUCUGCUCUGUCUCAGGAGUGUUCAUUGCCCUGAGCAAAGAGCGUGUCCUCUUUGACUCUUGCCAUGGGUGGAUGUGCAGCAUGGAGGCUCAACCUUGAAAGAUGUAACAUGGUAAAUAUUUUUUUUGUCUUUUGUGGUGUUUGUUUGUUUUCUUUUUUGUUGUUGUGUGUUUUUUUCCCUCUGAUGGGGCCACAGCCUCCUUAACCUUUUUUCCCCCACCUGUAUCUGGCAAAAGAAUUCAAAGGGAGGCAUUUUUUUAUUAAACACUCCUGAUAUAGUCACCUCAUAUUCUGUCAUACAUGCUGGAUCCUGUGAUAUUCAAGAACAUUAAAAUGGUUGAAUUACAUUGGGAAAAUAAAAAUAGCACUUAUUUUAAAGAUUUCUUUAUUUUUGGAAUCUGAUAGGUUAAAAAAUUAAAAGGACAUUUCAGAAAGUACUAUGUGCAAUAAAAACACCUCCUUGCUCCCUUUCAGUUGCAUAGUUCUAAAAAAAUGAAGUGCAACCUCCUGCAGUGUUUACAGCCCAAGCAUUGCAGAACUUGGACCAGUGUGAGAGCAGCAGAAAGUGAAGCUGCAGUAAGCCCCGGGGAGCCUCCUCUCAGCAGCUGCACGGUGAAGCUCAGCUCGGACAAUGAGCCGCUUGGGUUGUGUUGGAGCCUCCUGCCACCAUGCAGGGGGGCAGUGACACGGGAGAGAGGUGGUUUUGUGUGUUUCACAGCUGUUUCACAGCUUCUGUCUCCCCAUACUUAACUGUAGAAGAGGUAACAAAUGAAGUCAGGAGGAGAGACGUGCUGCAGCACGUGAGCCUGUGGAGUUGUUGCUUAGUUAACUUCAUGAGUUUGGGAGGGAGAAUUGCUUAAUGCAUUUUUAUCUGAUCUUUUUUUUUAGCCACCAGGGAACUUGCCAUGUAGAUGAAAGCUUACUCAGCACUCAGCAAGUGUGCUGCUUGUUAUUAACUCCCUGGACAUGUCCCCUGAGGUUUCUCCUUAGCCUUUCAGCUCCAGUGUGGUGAUUCUUUUAAUGCAUCUGGAGCCUUUAUUUGGCCAUUUCAGCACACAAAGAGUCAAGUGUGUUAGGAUGAAAUAUGUUCCAGUCGUUUUGGGAGGAAACCUCCUGAGAUGCUCCCCGAGGUGGAUGACUUGGGUCAGUACUGAGGAGUGGGGCUAAGAGGGUGACACGCUCAGCCGUUGGAAAUAAUCCAGGAUGGUGAAGUCAUUUGCAGCACAGAAGAGGGAACAUAAGGCAGAGGUAAGGAAGAGCUGUGACUGAAAACAGGGAUAUGCUACAGGCUAAUGAGCUAAUGCGUUCAUGACCAGGUUGUAAGGAAGCGUGUGCUUUCUUUAGAUGAUUUAGCAGACACCAGCAGGCUUGCUGUAUUUAAAAAACAAAACAAAACAUACAACUGAUGGGACUCACUGAGAUUCCCUUGUUGACCUUUUUAGAACAUAUUUGUAAAACCUGGUUUUACUGCUCUGAUAGCGGUUGUUACACACAAAAAAAAAAAAUAAUAAUAAAUCCUGCCUUAUUACUUUGUCCAGAUAACAAAAUAAAAACAAUUUAACAUUCUGGUUUCUGUAUAUAAAUGCAAUAAAUCCCAUCCAUUUGCACAUCCUGCCUCAGACCAUCCUUGCCCUUCAGUCCUUACCAGGGAGCUGCAGACUGACUUGCUCUUUGUGAACACCUUUGUUUGCAGAAGAACUUCAUUAGAAAUGUUGUUCUCCGAUAGGCUGUGAAAGCGUGGAGUGGUUUCCUAGAGCAGGCUUCAUUUUAAGGUGUGUUUUUUACAGGACAUAGGCCUUUUUCCAACCCUUCAUCUCCUCCUCCUGCCCUUCCACACCAGGACAGAGCACACCACCUCCCAUAUGUCUCUUCAGGGCCCUGUGCUCAGCACGGCUCCCGAACUCGACCCUCUGCAGGUGGUGUAUGGACACAGGUACCCACCAGACCAGGUUUGGCUGAUGCUCUGAUGCUUUCCAUAAGCUGUGCUUUGGCUUUUCUCCUGGGGUGGGCAAGGACAGGGGCAACUCAGUUGUGCUGGAGAAUAUUUUUGUUCUGAUUCUCAAAUUUGCUUCCUUCCAAAAGAAAACAAAGCAAAGGUGUCUGUGAAACAGCUGUCCUAGAAUGCAGUGGGUAGACUGCCGGUAGUUGCUGAUGCAAAUGCAAAGGAAGCUUGAUUGCCUUUGUGCAUUAACCUCUUUUUCUUCUUUCCUGUAUGUGUUUUCUUUUUAUCUGAAUUGCACCACUAUGGAAUUCUUUGCAGAAUGGUACUCCAUAUAUAUGUGGGAUUUCAAGGCAAAACCAUUAUUGAUGCUGUGCAGGAUGUCAAGCAGUUUUAUUUUGCUUUAUUUUAUAUAUUUUUUCCUGGUAUCCUGUACAUUGCCGUGGGUGUGAAGAUAGUAUUUUAAUAUUUGUACAAAGUUUAAUUUAAUUGUUCUAUGUAUAUAACUGCAUUUCUAAAUUAAAAGAAGAAAAAGUUCUUUUGAAGUGA